AUGAUAGAAAACAAAGGGCCAAGAGUGGUGGACUACUUUGUUGUGGCAGGUCUCACUGAUACAUCUACUCUUCUGGAUCAAGAGAUAAAUCGUUUAGAUACUAAGUCAACUGGACCUAAAGCUCCAAUUACAGACAUUGCAGUUAUUAACAAAUCAGCUGGGGAAACAGUACCUGAAGGUUACACCUGUGUUGAAGCCACUCCAUCAGGUCUCCAGGCCAACUUGAACUAUGGAAGUCUGAAAAGCCCAGAACUGUUUCUCUGUUACAAGAGAGGGAGAGAGAAACCACCCCUUACUGACAUUGGAGUUUUAUAUGAUGGGAAAGAAAGGCUUAUUCCAGGAUGUGAAGUGAUCCAAGCCACACCCUAUGGUCGCUGUGCCAAUGUCAACAAUAGUUCAACUACUUCACAAAGAAUCUUUAUCACUUAUCGAAGGGCUCCUUUAAUUCGGCCCCAGAAUUCUUUGGCUGUAACUGACAUCUGUGUUAUUGUAACCAGUAAGGGAGAAACCCCUCCCCAUACUUUCUGCAAAGUUGAUAAAAACUUAAAUUGCGGAAUGUGGGGUUCCAGUGUGUUUCUGUGUUAUAAGAAGUCUGUGCCUGCUUCUAAUGCUAUAGCAUAUAAAGCUGGUUUAAUUUUUAGAUAUCCAGAAGAGGACUAUGAGUCGUUUCCACUCUCAGAAUGUGUCCCUCUCUUCUGCCUUCCGAUGGGAGCUACUAUUGAAUGUUGGGAUCCCCAAAGCAAAUACCCACUUCCAGUUUUCUCAACUUUUGUUCUCACAGCUUCUUCUGCUGAAAAGGUAUAUGGAGCUGCAAUCCAGUUUUAUGAGCCUUACUCUCGAGAACUUCUAACAGAAAAACAGCUUAUGCAGCUGGGCCUGUUGACACCUGUGGAGAGAAAAAUGGUCUCUAAAUCCAUCAAUUCAAACAAAUGCAUUUGUUUACUCUCGCACUGGCCUUUUUUUGAAGCUUUUAGAAAAUUUCUCAUGUUUAUCUACAAACUUUCUGUGUCUGGACCACAUCCUCUUCCCAUUGAGAAGCACAUUUCACAUUUUAUGCAAAACAUCCCUUUUCCUUCACCUCAAAGACCAAGAAUCCUGGUACAGCUAUCAGUCCACGAUGCAUUAAUACUAUCACAACCAGUUUCUACACCUUUACCACUAAGUGGAGCUAACUUCAGCACCUUGUUAAUGAAUCUGGGUCCUGAGAAUUGUGCAACACUCCUGCUCUUUGUUUUACUUGAGAGUAAGAUUUUGCUGCAUUCUUUGAGGCCAGCUGUGUUGACUGGAGUAGCUGAAGCUGUUGUAGCUAUGAUCUUUCCGUUUCAGUGGCAGUGCCCGUAUAUUCCCCUUUGUCCUCUUUCACUGGCGGCAGUGCUCAGUGCACCUUUACCAUUUAUAGUUGGAGUUGACUCAAGGUAUUUUGAUCUUCAUGACCCACCACAAGAUGUUGUUUGCAUUGACUUGGAUACAAACAUGUUAUAUCUAUCAGAUGAAAAGAAGAACAUGAACUGGAAGCAGCUUCCCAAAAAGCCAUGCAAAAAUCUGAUUAGCACCUUGAAGAAAUUGUAUCCCCAGCUAUUCUCAGUUCACCGAAAAACUCAAGAAGGUUCAGCAAUUGAGAUGACUCCAAUUGAAGCAGAUUUCUCUUGGCAAAAGAAGAUGACACAACUUGAGAUGGAAAUUCAAGAGGCAUUUUUGCGCUUUAUGGCAUCGAUUUUAAAGGGCUACAGAACAUAUCUCAGACCGAUCACAGAGGCUCCUUCAAAUAAAGCUACAGCUGCUGAUUCAUUGUUUGAUCGACAGGGAUUUUUAAAAAGUCGAGAUCGUGCCUAUACAAAAUUCUACACGCUUUUAUCCAAAACACAGAUUUUUAUUCGUUUCAUUGAAGAAUGUAGUUUUGUAAGUGAUAAAGAUACUGGAUUGGCCUUUUUUGAUGACUGCAUAGAAAAGUUGUUUCCUGAUAAAGGCACAGAGAAAACAGAUAAGGUUGACUUUGAUUCAGCAGAAGAUACCAAAUUGAUAGAGCUAGAUGAUUCACAGAAAAGUGAGCACACGGUAUUCAUAAUGCCACCUGAGCCGCCUCCUGAUGACGGAAAGGAUCUGUCCCCCAAGUACAGUUACAAAUACUUUCCAAGACUGGACCUUAAGCUUUUUGACAGACCACAGGAGUUGAAACUUUGUUUUAGUAGACACCCUACUGGGAGUAGCAUUACAAACAGUCCAGCUCUCAUGGCUAAGAGAACUAAACAGGAGAUAAAAACAGCUCAUAAGCUGGCGAAGAGGUGUUACACAAAUCCGCCACAAUGGGCCAAGUGUCUCUUCAGUCAUUGUUACAGCCUAUGGUUUAUUUGUCUCCCAGCCUAUGUUAGAGUUUCUCAUCCUAAGGUCAGAGCACUUCAGCAGGCAUAUGAUGUGCUUAUUAAGAUGAGGAAAACAGAUGUGGAUCCUCUAGAUGAGGUUUGCUAUCGAGUAGUGAUGCAACUUUGUGGACUUUGGGGUCAUCCUGUUUUAGCAGUGAGAGUUUUAUUUGAAAUGAAAACUGCUAAAAUAAAGCCAAAUGCUAUUACUUAUGGCUAUUAUAAUAAGGUAGUUUUGGAGAGCCCGUGGCCUAGCAGUACCCGCAGUGGUAUCUUCUUGUGGACGAAGGUACGGAAUGUGGUACGUGGCUUGGCACAGUUUAGGCAGCCACUUAAAAAUACCGUGCAAAAGUCACAGGUCUCCUCAAUAUCAGCUCCCCAGAACGCCACAGGUGGAAGUGAUGGGGACACGGUGAGCCACGGUAGCGUGGAUAGUUCUAAUGAUGCUAACAGUGGGGAGCACACAGUCUUCGUCAGAGAUUUAAUCAGGCUUGAUUCCACUGACAAUCACUCUAGCACAGGUGGUCAGUCUGACCAAGGCUAUGGGUCUAAGGAUGAACUUUUAAAGGAUGAUACAGAAAUUCAUGUGCCUGAAGAACAAAUAUCAGGAGACUUAAUAACUAAAACAGAAGAGGUGUGCAAUGUCUCUGCUGUUGUGGCCAAACAUUCUCAACCUAGUGCAGAGCCCCAGAGUCCCGCUGAACCUCCUGCGUGGGGCAGCAGUAUUGUGAAAGUUCCAUCUGGUAUAUUUGAUAUCAAUGGCAGAAAAAGUAGCACUGGUAGUACAUCAAAUGUAUUAUUUUCUAGUCAAGAUCCAGUUGAAGAUGCCGUUUUUGGUGAAGUUAUUAAUCUCAAGAAGAAUGGGGACAGAGGAGAAAAAAGACAAAAGCAUUUUCCAGAGAGAAGCUGUAGUUUUAGUUCUGAAAGUCGAGCAGGAAUGUUACUUAAGAAGAGCAGUUUGGAUUUGAAUUCAAGUGAAGUGGCUAUCAUGAUGGGAGCAGACGCCAAGAUUCUCACAGCGCUAACAAGCCCUAAGACUUCUCCACUCCAUAAUGCGAGAGCCCACAGCUUUGGGAGUAUUAGCUGCCAUCCCGCUGAGACUAGGACUCGUGUGUCUGAAAGCACUUGGGAUUCGGAGCACCGAUCAUUGGUGUUAGAGAUGCUUGAGGAGAGCCAAGAGUUGAUGGAACCUGGGGUUGAUGAAAAUGUAGCUAAAGCUACUAUGACAAAGGAUACAUGUGACAGUUUACAAAAUGAUAGUAAUCAGUCCAGAGACUCCAAAGCAGGAUCCAGAGAUCUAGCAAAUAAGAGAAAUAGCUUGUAUGGUGUUGCUAAAGCUGUUGAGAGGGAAGAUGUUGAAACUGGCCUAGAUCCUUUGUCGCUUUUAGCCACUGAAUGUAUAGGAGAAAAAACUGAUUCAGAAGAGAAGCUGUUUUCUCCAGUUAUUGCACGUAAUCUGGCUGAUGAAAUCGAAAGCUAUAUGAAUCUAAAGAGUCCCUUAGGUAGCAAGUCCACUAGUAUGGAACUACAUGGAGAGGGAAGCAGAGAGUCUGGUGCUACCGGUGCAUUUGUUCACUCUUUAGAGAGGAGAUCAAGCCUCCCUUUAGAUCAUGGUCCACCAGCACAGGAGAACCUUGAAAGUGAAAAGGGCUCCCCUGCAGUGUCCCGGUCUAAAACUCUGACGGGGCAUCUCAAGCAACAGACUCCCUCCAGGAGUCCUAAGGAGCGUUCAACUUCUUUAUCAGCACUGGUCCGUUCUUCACCACACGGCUCGUUGGGUUCUGUGGUAAAUUCUUUGUCAGGGCUAAAGCUGGACAAUAUCCUCUCAGGACCCAAGAUGGAUGUGCUAAAAUCUGGCAUGAAACAAGCAGCAACAGUAGCCAGUAAGAUGUGGGUAGCUGUAGCGACUGCCUACAGCUACUCAGAUGACGAGGAGGAAACAAAUAGAGAUUACAGUUUCCCAGCUGGCCUUGAAGACCAUAUUUUGGGAGAGAAUAUAUCACCUAAUAUGAGUAUCUCAGGGUUGGUCCCCAGUGAACUUACCCAGAGCAACACCAGCCUCGGCAGUAGUAGCAGCAGUGGAGAUGUAGGAAAACUGCAUUACUCACCAGGUGAACUUCCAUUUCCAAGAGGCAUAAAAGGACAGGAAUUUGAAAAGUCAGAUCAUGGUUCUUCUCCAAACACCAGCAUGUCCAGCAUCUAUCAGAACUGUGCAAUGGAGGUUUUGAUGUCAAGCUGUUCACAGUGCAGAGUUUGUGGAGCUUUAGUUUAUGAUGAAGAAAUUAUGGCUGGAUGGACGGCAGAUGAUUCAAAUUUGAAUACAGCUUGUCCCUUCUGUAAAAGCAACUUCUUGCCUCUUCUCAAUAUAGAAUUUAAAGACUUGAGAGGCUCUGCAAGCUUUUUCUUGAAACCAAGUACCUCUGGUGACAGUUUACAAAGUGGCAGCAUUCCAUUGGCAAGUGAACCUUUGGAGCACAAACCCAUAUCCAGUUCAGCAGAACCUGACCUGAUCAACUUUAUGGAUUUGCCAAAACAUAACCAGACCAUUACUGAAGAAACAAGCUCUGCAGUUGAAUCAAGUGAUGAAAUAAUGAAAGCCAGCAGAGAUGUCCAAACUGUGAAAGUUUCACCUGUGCCUAAUAGUUUAUCAAAACGAAAUGUGUCUUUGACUAGAAGUCACAGUGUUGGAGGUCCCUUGCAAAAUAUGGACUUUUCCCAGCGACCGUUUCAUGGCAUUUCAACAGUUAGUCUUCCAAACAGUCUGCAGGAAUUUGUGGAUCCUUUAGGAAAAAGACCCAACCCUCCCCCUGUUUCUGUGCCUUACUUGAGUCCUCUAGUGCUUCGCAAAGAACUUGAAUCUUUGCUAGAAAAUGAAGGCGAUCAGGUGAUUCACACGUCCUCAUUCAUCAAUCAACAUCCAAUAAUUUUCUGGAACCUCGUUUGGUAUUUCAGGCGUUUGGAUCUUCCUAGUAACUUGCCAGGACUUAUCCUCACUUCUGAACAUUGUAAUGGAGGCGUACAGCUUCCCCUGUCAUCUCUGUCCCAGGAUAGCAAACUUGUUUAUAUUCAGCUGUUAUGGGAUAAUAUCAACCUUCAUCAGGAACCAGGAGAACCUCUGUAUGUCGCAUGGAGAAAUCUUAAUUCUGAAAAGAAGUCGUCUCUCCUGUCAGAGGAACAACAAGCAACAAGCACUUUAGUAGAAAUCAUCAGGCAGAGCAUCCAACAGAAUGAUGUUCUUAAACCUAUCAACCUGCUUUCACAACAGAUGAGGGGAGAUGGGGAAAGGCAAAGGAGUUUAUACAGAGAAAUCCUCUUCUUAUCAUUAGUAUCUCUUGGAAGAGAGAAUAUUGAUAUUGAGGCUUUUGACAAUGAGUAUGGACUUGCAUACAACAGUCUGUCUCCAGAGAUUCUUGAAAAGUUGCAGAAAAUUGAUGCUCCACCAAGUAUCAGUGUGGAAUGGUGCAGGAAGUGUUUCGGAGCGCCUCUCAUUUAAAUACAACAGAUUGACUAGAUUUUUGACACAGUGCUGGGGGAAUAGACUCAAUCUGGAGACAUUCAAGGUUUUUUCAUAUUACAAAUUGGCGAAAACAGAAAUGAACUUACUCUUGGGACAGUAUUUACGAUGAAAUCAUACUGAAUCAUCUCAGUGUAAAAACGCCAUUAAAAUGCCCCAA